CUUCUUUGGCUCAGUCGCACGGCUGCGCGGUGACUGCCGGAAGUUAUUCCGCAGUGGUUGCCGGGAUGGCGCUGAUGUGGCCCCGCCCUUACCCUCCCUGUCCCGAGAUGUCGGAAGAAACCCGACAGAUGAAAUUGGCCGCGGCCAAAAAAAAGUUGAGGGAAUAUCAGAAGAAGAACCACCUUGGUCCUUUCGCAAAGAAGAAAACGAAGAUUAAAAAUGGCAGUAGCUCUGAGAUAACCACUUCUGAUGGUUGUCACUCUCCUGAGGAUUUGAAGGAAUAUCAGCAGAAGAACAACCUUGGUCCUUUCGAAAAGAAGAAAAAGAAGAUUAAAAAUGGCAGUAGCUCUGAGAUAACCACUUCUGAUGGUUGUCACUCUCCUGAGGAUAUUCAGGACAUUCUGAAGGUGCUGGUGUCUGACCUUAACCGCUCCAAUGGGGUAGCACUCCCCUCAUUGGACAAUUGGAAGGCGCCCAAAGACCGCGCCACUGCUGCCUCAGCACCUGCUGUUGACACCGUGUCACCUGAUGGUGUCCCUUCCCCCAGUGCUAGUCACCCCCAUGUCACUAGCAUGGCAUCAGUUCAGAGCCAUGAUGCUGAAAAUGGUCCUAGUCCCAUGGAUGAAAGCAUAUCCCUUUCAUCUACCGAGAGCCUGCGCCAGCUUUCUCAGCAGCUCAACGGUCUUGUGAACGAGUCUACAUCAUACGUCAAUGGGGAGGGCCUAGCAUCUUCUGCUAAUAUAAAGAAUCUGGAGAGCCGGUACCAAGAGCUAUCAGUAGCCCUGGACUCCAGCAAUCUAACAAACAAACAACUCAGUAGCAAGAUAGAGGAAUUGAAACAGCAGAACCAGGACAUUUUGGAUCAACUAGAGAAAGAGAAGAACGAAUUUAAGCAAAAGCUUGCGAAGGAGCAAGGAGCUCUAAGAGAGCAGCUGCAGGUUCACAUUCAGACCAUAGGGAUUCUAGUGUCUGAGAAGUCAGAUUUACAUACCGCCCUGACUCAUACUCAACAAGCAGCGAGACAGAAAGCAGGAGAGUUGGAGGAUCUUGCUAGUCGUCUGCAGUCUUCCCGGCAGCGUAUAGGGGAGCUAGAGCGGACACUAUCUGCUGUGUCCAUGCAGCAGAAACAGGCCGACAAGUACAACAAGGAUUUAACCAAAGAGCGAGAUGCCCUCAAGCUGGAGUUAUACAAGAACAACAAAAACAAUGAGGACCUGAAGCAGCAGAACUCAGAAUUGGAGGAGAAGCUUCUGGUCUUGUUGACAAAGAAGGACUCCAUGCAGCUCGAGGUGGAGGAGCUCCGCAAGAAACUGGAGAUGUCAGAGCUCCUACUGCAACAAUUUUCUAGUCCAUCUGAACCCCGUGAUAGCAACCAGCAGUUACAGCAGGCCCUGGAAGAGCAGGCACAGCUGCAGAGACAAGUGGAGGAGCUGAAGUAUUUGCUAAAGCAACUGCAAGUGGAGAGAGACCACUAUGUGGUGAAUCUGAAAGAACAGAAUGCCUUUUGGCAGGAGAAGAUGAAGCAGAUGUCAGAGAAGCUGUUCGAGUUGAGGGAGGAGAAGGAGUGCAGCAUGAGUCAGGUGCAGGUGCUGGAGACCAGCUUGGCCGAACUGAGGAACCAGAUAGCUGUUCCCCCACCCCAGGAGCCCCCAGCAGGGCCAUCUGAGGUGGAACAGCGGCUACAGGCAGAAGCUGAACAGCUUCAGAAGGAAGUGAAGAGCCUGGCAGGGCAGCUGCAGGCCCAAGUCCAGGACAACGAAAGCCUGAGUCGCCUGAAUCAGGAGCAGGAGCUGCGGCUGCUGGAGCUGCAACGGGCGGCUGAGUCAUGGGACGAGCAGGUGGAGCAGCAUAAGCGGCUUCUGGAGACCAUGGAGGGCGACCGCAGCACCAUCAGCCGCGCUCUCUCCCAGAACCGCGAGCUCAAGUCGCAGCUGGCCGAGCUGCAGGAUGGCUUCGUCAGGCUGACCAAUGAUAAUAUGGAGAUUACCAGUGCGCUGCACUCAGAGCAGCAUGUCAAGAACGAGCUGGCCAAGAAGGUGGGCCAGCUACAGGAGAAGCUGGGAGACCUGAAGGAGACGGUGGAACUGAAGAGCCAGGAGGCUCAGAGUCUGCAGCAGCAGCGAGACCAGUAUGCGAGCCACCUGCAGCAGUAUGUGGCCGCCUAUCAGCAGGUGGCCUGUGAGAAGGAGGAGCUCCACAAGCAGGUCCUGGUGCAGACCCACAUCAUGGACCGGCUGCAGCACGAGGAAAUUCAGGGCCAGGCGGCGGCCGAGACCACCCGCCAAGAGUUGCAGGAGACCCAGGAGCGCCUAGAAGCUGCUAACCAGCAGAACCAGCAGCUACAGGCCCAGCUGAGCCUCAUGGCUGUGCCUGGGGAAGGAGAUGGACUGGAUGGCGAAGAGGAGGAGGAGGAGGCUCCCCGGCCGAAGCUGAGCAUGCCGGAGUACCUAGAGAGCCAAGAGGCCAUGGUGGCAUUUUUUAACUCGGCCUUAGCCAGUGCUGAGGAAGAGCAGGCACAGCUGCGCGGGCAGCUGAAGGAGCAAAAGCAGCGCUGCCGGCGCCUGGCUCACCUGGCAGCCUCAACCCAGCAUGAGCUGGAGAAGGCCUCAGCCCCUGGGACCAGGGGCGACAGUGUGCCUGGGGAGACCCACCAGGCCCUUCAGGUGGCCAUGGACAAGUUGCAGAACCGCUUUACAGAGCUGAUGCAAGAGAAAGUGGAUCUGAAGGAUCGCGUGGAGGAGCUGGAGCAUCGCUGUAUCCAGCUGUCUGGAGAGACAGACACCAUUGGAGAAUACAUUGCCCUCUACCAGAAUCAGAGGGCAGUGCUGAAGGAGCGGCACCGGGAGAAGGAGGCAUACAUUAGCCGGCUGGCUCGGGACAAGGAGGAGAUGAAGGUGAAGCUGCUGGAGCUACAGGAGCUGGUGUUACGCUUGGUGAAUGAGCGUAAUGAAUGGUAUGGCAAGUUUGUGGCAGCCGCCCAGAACCCUGCUGGUGAGGCCCCUGCAGCACCCUCAGCUGCCCAGGAGCUUGGCACUGUCGAUAGCCAAAACACUGCUCAGGAUGAUCUCCACGAGGUGAGCCUCGCCGACAAUGUGGAGCCUACCCAGGGAGAGGCCCUGCUGGGCCAGGCUAACCCUGAGAACCUCACUGCGCAGCAGAUCAUGCAGCUGCUGCGUGAAAUUCAGAAUCCCCAGGAGUACCCAGGCUUGGGCAACAACCCCUGCAUCCCCUUCUUCUACCGGGCCGAUGAAAACGACGAAGUGAAGGUCAUGGUGAUCUGAGCCUGACACGAGUAGGCAAAGCCCGGAGAAGUGGGGCCGGGGGCUCUGCCCCCACCCUAUCCUUGCCAUCCCAUCCCUGCCACCCCCUCCCUGCCACCCCGUCCCUGGUCAUCCUUCCCCAGUCGCCCUUUUAUCCCUAGACUAGCAAGAUAAGACCCCUGAGAACGGGUAUGAUAAGCCCCCCGUCUAAUGCGGGGAGACAAAAUGAUGCGCCCCCAUCUAAUGCGGGGAGACAAGAUGAUGAGCCCCCCCAUCUAAUGUGGGGAGACAAAUAGGUGCAGACCCCUUGCCACCUUGGCCAGGGCUGUCUUAAUUUCUGGGCUAUUAAUAGUUCCAGAAAAACAAAGAGCCAGAGGCUCAAUCAAGGUAGUUUAUAUAGCAGGCUGCCUCUCUCGGGGAGCAGGAGUGGGGCCGGGGGCUCUGCCCCUACCCUAUCCUUGCCACCCCGUCCCUGGUCAUCCUUCCCCAGUCGCCCUUUUAUCCCUAGACUAGCAAGAUAAGACCCCUGAGAACGGGUAUGAUAAGCCCCCCGUCUAAUGCGGGGAGACAAAAUGAUGCGCCCCCAUCUAAUGCGGGGAGACAAGAUGAUGAGCCCCCCCAUCUAAUGUGGGGAGACAAAUAGGUGCAGACCCCUUGCCACCUUGGCCAGGGCUGUCUUAAUUUCUGGGCUAUUAAUAGUUCCAGAAAAAUAAAGAGCCAGAGGCUCAAUCAAGGUAGUUUAUAUAGCAGGCUGCCUCUCUUGGGGAGCAGGAGCUCCCUGAUGACCUCCUCACCCCCCACCAAGCAGCCCUCCAUUCAGAGGGACUCUGGUAUCCUCUAUUCAGAGGCACUUUGGGGCACAUGUGCCCCCCUCGUCCAGACAGACAACUGGGCAGCACUCUCACAGGCCUUGGGACAAUUGGGGCUCACUGAGGCCUGGCAAGGGCACAAGCUGGUGGCGAUGGGCUCCCUCCCCAGUGUAUAUACUGUAUCUCUGUAACAUUUUGUAUAUUCUGGAGGCGGGGCAGCUCCCUGUAUCAUAGCGGAGGUUGGAGCUGGCAAAUGGGGAAAAGGUUUAUUAAAUAUUUGGGGGUGGGGAAACUUAUUUAUUGAUUUAUUGAUAGCAUAGGACAGAGGAAGGAGGCGGGGACGGGGUUGCUCCCGGGUGAUUCUACUCCUGUUUAUUUUGAAAUAAAUGGAUUUAGCCAUA